CACGACUAAACCUGCGCCUCUUCGCCGACGUGAACAUUUUCUUCCACCUCUCCGCAAAUUCCACUCUGCAACUGAAUCACUCGGGAAGCUGAACUUCGGAGCUUUUUCCGAUCGAUCCAAAACCCUCGCCAGAAAACCUAGCUUUCUUCCAAUCUUCGAUUCUUCCGAUUCAACAGCAAAAAUGUUCAAGAAGUUCUCUGGCGAAGAAGUAUCUGGGCAGAACCAAGUGAAGGCUUCUGUUCAGAGGAGAAUUCGGCAGAGUAUUGCGGAAGAGUACCCGGGUCUGGAAGCAGUGAUGGAGGAUUUGCUCCCCAAGAAGUCUCCUCUAACUGUUGCCAAAUGCCAAAAUCAUCUGAACUUGGUAGUAGUGAACAAUGUUCCGUUGUUUUUCAACAUCAGAGAUGGGCCUUACAUGCCUACCUUGAGACUACUCCAUCAAUAUCCUGAGAUCAUGAAAAAGCUGCAGGUAGACAGGGGUGCCAUUAGAUUUGUUCUUUCUGGUGCAAACAUAAUGUGUCCUGGACUCACGUCUCCGGGUGGCAUUUUGGAUGAUGAAGUGGAAGCUGAAACUCCUGUGGCUAUAAUGGCUGAAGGAAAGCAGCAUGCUCUUGCUAUCGGCUUCACGAAAAUGUCAGCAAAGGACAUACGGUCAAUCAACAAGGGUAUCGGAGUGGACAACAUCCAUUACCUGAAUGAUGGUCUUUGGAAGAUGGAGCGCCUGGAUUGAGGAAGGAUUGUGAUAGCCACUGCAUACCAUCAACCAACAAAACGCCAGAGAAUCUUAGCUUCUCCACUAUCAGUGACAGCUAGAUUUUAUGUAUCCUUUUAUCCAAGCCAAAUGUUAUUCAAAGAGAAUUUUGACAUAUAGGCAUGGGAUUGAAUCAGUUUUAUCAUUUGAAUCUUCAUGUGUUUUCAAUAGGAAGAUUCGUUGAAUCUGUGAUCUAGUUUGGAGGUUGUUUGUCUUCAUAUUGUGAGCAAGAUUUUAUUGUGGACCUCGUUGAACAACUCGACUUGGGAGUUAUUUCUUCUUUGCGAAAAUCAAUAUUCAUUUCUCUU